UAAUCUCUCUCUCUCUCUCUUUUUCUCUCUCUCUCUGGGGAAAAAAAAAAAACCCAAAAGAAAAGAAAGGAACUUCUUCUUCGGGAGGAAGAGAGAGAGAUCGUUUGGUUCCCUCCCAUUCAUCAAUUCAUCUAUCCAACCAGUCAUUCCAUUCCAUGAUCCAUCUCCCUCCCAAUCAUCCCACUCUCUUCCUCUUUUCCUUCAUCCUUAGAAGCUUCUCAACAAAACAAAGGAAAAGAAAAUAAAGAGAAGGAAAUCGAGAGGAGAAUAGGAAAUACUCAAAAACCUAUUGGAUCUCUCUCUCUCUCUUUCCUCCCUUUUGUUGGGGGCUUUGAUUUAUCUGAUUAGUGGGUUUGUGGGUUUGCUGGGUCAAGAUGGACUUGGAAAGCAUUGAGUGCGUUUCGUCCUCGGAUUUUGACGAGGAUGAGAUCCACCACAACCAACAACAACAGCAACAGCACCGUGGUCUUCAUCCACAUCCUCACCACCACUCCGAGUUUUCAUCCUCCAAGCCUCGCAAUGGCAUCAACAUCAAUAGCGCCAACAUUGUGGGUCCCACGGCGAUUACACCGGCCACCAGCGUCCACGAGUUGUUGGAAUGUCCUGUCUGCACCAAUUCUAUGUACCCACCCAUCCACCAGUGCCACAAUGGACACACGCUUUGUUCUACGUGUAAAACUAGGGUGCACAACCGGUGCCCCACUUGUAGACAAGAGCUUGGAGAUAUUAGGUGUUUAGCCUUGGAGAAGGUGGCUGAGUCACUUGAAUUGCCCUGCAAGUUUUACUCCUUGGGAUGCCCAGAAAUAUUCCCUUACUACAGCAAACUUAAACAUGAGGGAAUGUGUAACUUCAGACCAUAUAAUUGUCCGUAUGCUGGAUCAGAGUGCUCUGUUGUUGGGGAUAUUCCUUUUGUUGUUGCUCAUUUGAGGGACGAUCACAAGGUGGACAUGCAUACAGGAUGCACAUUCAACCAUCGCUAUGUGAAGUCCAAUCCCCGGGAAGUGGAGAAUGCCACUUGGAUGCUCACUGUCUUUCAUUGUUUCGGUCAAUACUUCUGCCUUCACUUUGAAGCCUUCCAGCUUGCCAUGGCCCCUGUUUACAUGGCAUUCCUCCGUUUCAUGGGUGAUGAGAAUGAGGCUCGGAACUAUACUUACAGCCUUGAGGUCGGGGCAAAUGGCAGGAAACUCAUAUGGGAGGGUACACCAAGAAGUAUCCGAGAUAGUCAUCGGAAGGUCAGGGACAGCCAUGAUGGUCUCAUUAUCCAAAGAAACAUGGCUCUCUUUUUCUCUGGUGGGGAUAGAAAAGAGCUGAAGCUGAGGGUUACUGGAAGGAUAUGGAAGGAACAACAAAAUUCAGACGUUGGCGUGUGCAUUCCAAACCUCUGUAGCUGAAAAAGAUGGUUUUGAAGGCAUCUGAAAUUCUUUAUGUUAUUUAUUUUGUUGUAACUGAUUCCAUUUGUCUGGCAUGUUGUAUGGAUGGAAGUAUUAUGGAGCUGUGAGUGGCGAGUUUUGAAUGUUGGACCUGGACACAUUGUGUCUACUGCAGUGUCUUAACAAUUAGUAAGCCUCCGGGUGAUGUCUAAUUUGUGUCUGAUUAUUAAUAAGCCUGCUCGUGAAUGAUGCCAUGUGAGCA